UCAGUGUCACGGCACUUUCACUUUCUUUCGAAACUAGACUAUAAAUCCACGAAACGAUGCAAAAAUUUUCAUUUUAACCAAAAUGCUCAAACUGUGUAUUCUGUGCGUCCUUUGUGUCACUUGUUGUGCUGUGCCAAAUUAUAAUUCAAAAUUAUUCACACAAUGGCGGGAUUUUCCCUCGAAAAUAUUUCUCAACACUAGUUUACUACGUCCAGAGUGCCAACAAGCCUACGAGAAUUUUCUGGACGGUUUAAAUAAGCAUGACUUAAACGCUUUGAAAAUGUUGGACGCCACAGCCAAAAUACCGUCCGGAAUUUUGAACGGCAAUAUCGUACAAUAUGGCGAUUUUAACGAAUGUAUGGGGGUUAAAACGGCCCAAUAUUGUCUCGCUGAAAUUGAUUUUGGAGCACUGUGGAACGAAUCCUACUCCGAGUACAGGGAUUUAGUGCAGUCUUUUAAUUUCUUUAAGGACACGUUUGAUGCUCCCGCUCAUAGAGUUCCUGGUUUCACUAUGGCCCGUUGGGGAUUUUGUAUACCCCAGGAAUGUUCAGCAGAAGAUUUAGAAAAAUCGCUAAGUGCAAAUUUUGGGGUUUUGGCCCAAAUUAGGCCAGGAAUGUGCCAAAAAGCAACAAAAGAGAGUAAAGAUUUAACCAGAGGGGACUACAUUGCCAGAUUAUUUUUUAUUUGUGUCGUUCUAUUAGUGGUUUCGUCAACUUUGGUCGAUUAUUAUAGAGACGGUAAAGGCGUUGCGCACACAAAUGGAAUAUUCAUGAAAAUACUGCAGUGUUUUUCAUUGCGCGAAAACGUGUCAAAAUUUUUCGAAGUGAAAGAAAACGAUCGCAGCGAAAUAGCUGGCUUACACGGCAUUCGUUUCCUCAAUGCUUUGGCUUUACUCAUGUCCCAUAAAAGCGUUUCGCUAUUUUUCAACCCUUAUAUGAACCGAACAGCUGCAGUUGAUAGAGUGAGCCGACCUUGGACAAUUAUUGCAAAAAACGCGAUUGUUUAUACAGAUGUCUUCAUGCUUAUAAGUGGAUUACUAAACGCGAACGCUUUACUUACCGACUUACACAAUGGCCGUGCGAUGAAAUUCAAGGAAAAAUUAAUCAACAGGAUAUUCAGAAUUCUUCCAAACGUAAUUGCCCUAAUUUUAUUUUGUACGUACAUAUUACCCUUGAUGGGCUCCGGGCCGUUAUGGCCUGUCGUCGUCGAUCACCAUUCAACACUAUGCAAGCAGCACAUGUGGAAGAAUAUUUUUUUCAUCCACAAUUACUUCGGUUUUGAAAAUAUGUUUCAGUGUUUGACUCACACGCACCAGCUAGGUAUUGACAUGCAGCUGUUUUUAGUUACACCAGUUUUUGUUUAUUUGAUCUGGACAUUUAAACGAAUUGGAUUAUUCUUUAUGGGAGUUGUGGCCCUACUUUCAACAAUACUUAGAUUUUGGGUUUCGUACGAACAUGAAUUGACGAGCGUCGUUUACUUCGGCAUCUCAGUUUCAAAAAUGUUUUCAGUGGCUAGUUUAUCAUACAUUUUACCAACUCAUCGAGCAACUAUUUAUUUAAUAGGUGUUUACCUGGCUUAUUUAUUAAAAUGUUCUAAACCAAACACUUCUUUCACUAAGUGGCAAGUUGCAUUUUUGUGGUGCUUUUUCCUACCAAUGUUUCUCGGUGCUUGGCUAGGACCGUACCAUAUGGUCACAAAAGACUAUGUUUAUGAUAAAUUGGAAGCCUCGUAUGUGCUUGCUUUAUAUCCGAUUUUUUGGGGCUCCAGUGUAGCAUUUGGAAUUUAUGCCAUAAAUAGAGAUAUUGCAGGCUGGUUGGGAACGUUGUUUAAUUGGAAAUAUUUUCAAAUUUCAACAAAACUGGCUUACGCCUUGUAUUUGGUGCAAUUUCCAAUUUUUUUCUAUAAUGUGGGGUUGACAAAACAUGUUGACGAAUACCGCACAUAUUUACAACUUGAGGUUGUUGAAACCAUAGUUAUCAUAUUGUGUUCCUUUUUGCUUGUUCUUUUGAUUGAAAUGCCGUUUCAAAACAUUAAAAAAGUAUUAUUUGAUCAACCGAAAAGACGUGACCAACACCAACAUAUGCGCUUGAAGGACUUUAAAAGUGGUUAACUGUUAAGUUUUAUUUAUUGAUUUUUAAUUUUUACAAAUAAAAAAUUAACAACUUCUA